GUAUCUGGCGACGUUCUCAGAACCUGAGCUUUGACAUAGCGUAUUGGUCGGCCAUAUUAUAUCAAUUGCGAACGGGUUUAAGCAGUAAGAUAACCACAUCUCUCCAAGCUCCUCUCAGUCUACAACCAUCGAGACAGUGAUGGCCCCCACGAUAGUACCACUAGAGCAACUCGUAAACGAAUGGCUGAGGCUAGAUCCGAAUCCUAUUACCAGAGACGAGAUACGAAGGCUAUGGGACCACCAACAGAUAGACGAGUUAGAACAACGGAUGAGGACGCGUAUCGAGUUCGGAACUGCAGGCCUCCGAGGGAAAAUGGAGGCCGGUUGGGCACGGAUGAAUGAUCUGAUAGUAAUACAAGCAUCGCAGGGAUUGUGCGCGUAUGUGCUCCGAAGUAUUCCUGAGGCUUCCAUCAGAGGCGUCGUUGUUGGUCACGACCACCGUCACAACUCGGGGCGGUGGGCGAGCCUCACAGCGCAGGUAUUUAUAUCGAACAACAUCAAGGUCUAUUUCCACAGAGGUUUCGUGCACACCCCAUUAGUGCCGUUCUCUGUGAAGAAAUUGAACGCUGCUUGCGGAGUGAUGAUAACUGCAAGCCACAAUCCCAAGGAUGACAAUGGCUACAAAGUGUACUGGGAGAAUGCUGUGCAAUCUAUACUGCAAAAUUUGGAACCUAGAAUUGAACACAUGCCAGAUGUCUACACCUCUCCUCUCUGCAUCGACUGCUCAGACUCUAUGAAGCAAAGUUACUUUACACUCAUUCGGGGACUUGUAAUGACUAAAGUUGCUCAUUCAUCUGCUAAAUUUGUGAACACAUCUAUGCACGGUGUUAGUGACCCAUUUAUAUCGGAAGCGUUUAGGCAGGUGGGAUUUGCCCCCUGCAUUCCAGUCGAGAAACAACGCCUCCCGGAUCCCAAUUUCCAGACUGUGAAGUUCCCGAACCCGGAGGAGAAGGGUGCUUUGGACCUAGCGAUAUCCGAAGCUACGGCAUCCGGAGCAGACUAUGUUUUAGCCCAGGACCCCGAUGCAGACCGUUUCACUGCAGCGGAGAGGGGAGCUGACGGAUUGUGGUUUCUCUUCACCGGCGACCAGUUAGGUGCCCUGUUUGCGGACCAUGUUCUUGGCAAGUACAAAGCUACCGGCAAACCUUUGAGCAAGCUGGCCAUGAUUGCAUCCAUUGUCAGCUCCAAAAUGGUUGAGGCAAUGGCACGUGUCGAGGGAUUCAAAUUUGUUGAUUGCUUAACCGGCUUCAAGUUCAUCGGAAACACUGCGCUGGACUUGGUAGCGGCAGGUUACGAGGUCCCUUUUGGUUACGAGGAGGCCAUCGGGUUCAUGUUUGGGUCUGAGAUUAGGGACAAGGACGGUGUGGCUGCAACGGUCAUGUUUGCAGAGCUCGUUGCAGAAGUCCGGCGGCGGGGACUUACGGUCCAUGAAUAUUUGGAAGAGCUCUACCAGAGGUACGGUUACUUUGAGACGAAGAACAGCUAUUUCAUAUGCUCAGAUCCUGUUACAAUUGACCGUAUCUUCUGGGGAAUCCGUCACUCUCAAGAGUCCGACUCUACCAUUCACUAUCCAUCAUCCAUAGCUGGCCUCGCAGUUAACAGCGUCAUUGAUUUAACGGCAGGAUACGGCUACGAUAGUACGAACGCUCCAUCCUAUCAACCAAGGCUCCCCCUUUCCUCCGGACACAUGGUUCAGUUCAGGGCGCAGUCGACAGAUGAUCUAAAUAUAAAGAUCGUGUUGACUAUUAGAACAAGUGGAACAGAACCGAAGAUCAAGUAUUAUCUUGAAGGAAGCGCGACGGACCGUCAGGAACUGGCCAGAAUACUGAACCUUAUUGUGAAAGACCUCGCAGAAGUAUGGAUGAAGGCGUCGGAACAUGGACUCCGUAGUCCAUGAGAACUUGUACAAUUCAUCCUCGGUCACACAUAGCUUUCUACCAUGUGCCAAUGAAGUGGUUGUUGAGUGUUAUUCUGGGCUCGAGGUAUUCUCCAUAUUACACUCAGUUAGUGCAGUCCACUAUUUGCCUAUCUAACACUCAGAGGAGGAUGCUCACGCAUUGUCUGACCAGUCACUAUUUUCUUCUAAGUUUAGUAUAUAUAGAAACUGUGGUUCUAGGUUCUCCUGUGGACCCCGUACCGGCGUUUUAAUCUCAAGAUAUGUUUGUCUUCAAUUCACUGCUGUUAUGCGUGCCAGAGGCAUGAUCAAUAAACUGUGGAAUGGGUAUAGGCCCAUCAAGGCAGUUGAUAGAGCGACCGCUUCCACAUAGUGCAGAUUUGGCUGAAUCCAUUUGGGUUUCUUGAAUUUCGUU